GUCAAGAACACGUGGUUGGAAUUUAGCAGCUCUUGAUUUGCUCCCUCCCUUUCCAUCUCCUCCAUCCCCUAUAAAUUUCAUCGGAUGAGAUAGCAUGGAGAGCUAUAACGUUCUCUUAGAUUGUAAAGCAUAAGCUUGUGAGUUGUGAAAAAGGAAGCAAGAAGAAAAGCCACUCUGUAAUAUCCACGACCCAAGACACCAACCCCCCUCCGAUAUCUACCAGUUUCCAAUCUCUUCAUUCUUCAAUUGGGUUCUUCUACUUUCUCUCUCCGUCUUGUCUCUCAUUGUUUCUUCAAUCAACCCAAAACCAAUUUCAUCUCUUCUAGUAACAAGUCUUCACCGCCAAAGACAAGGUUUUCAGUAAGAUCUCCCAGGCUUUAUAAUCGAAAUGGGUAUAUCUUUGUCCUGUCCCUUUGCUGAUUACGAUGAUCUGGAUGACGAUGAUGGGCGCCAAGCUGUUGUCGUUAAACCCAUCAGUUUAGACGGCGAGGAUGCCCGGACGACACUGCGAUCCGUCAGUUUCAAUGGCCGGAAUUCAGAACCUACAAUAAUGAAAUCCUCUGGCUCUGGGAAGAUGGUCUUAGAAGGUUCUGUCAGCUUUAAAAAGAGCGAAAUGGAGACCACGAUCUCAAUAACAACUCCUUCCACAGACAUGGAAAAGAAUGUGGCUGGCAGAUCAGUCAGUUUUAAGAACAAGAACAGAGAAACUGCCAAGGUAUUUCCUGAGCCGGAUAACUGUAUUGGGAAGGUCUCUCCACAGCCCUCGUUAGAUUCAGGCAGCCCGAAGCAUGAAGCGGCAUUGAGGUUGCAGAAAGUGUACAAAAGCUUCAGAACCAGAAGAAAGCUCGCAGACUGUGCAGUUCUAGUGGAGCAACGAUGGUGGAAGUUGCUAGACUUUGCAGAGCUCAAGCGGAGUUCUGUGUCAUUCUUUGACAUUGAGAAGCAUGAGACUGCCAUAUCCCGAUGGUCAAGAGCAAGAACAAGGGCUGCCAAGGUUGGGAAAGGCUUAUCAAAGGAUAAUAAGGCUCAAAAACUUGCUUUACAGCAUUGGCUUGAAGCAAUUGAUCCACGACAUCGUUAUGGACAUAAUCUCCACUUCUAUUAUGUCAAAUGGCUCCAUUGUGAGAGCAGACAGCCCUUCUUCUACUGGCUGGACAUAGGAGAGGGAAAAGAGGUCAAUCUUGUUGACAAAUGCCCUCGAUCAAAGCUUCAACAACAAUGCAUCAAGUACCUUGGUCCGAUUGAAAGAAAGGCUUAUGAAGUUGUAGUGGAGAAUGGGAAGUUCUUCUACAAGCAGACUGGAAAAGUUCUCGACACAUCUGAAGGACCCAAGGAUGGUAAAUGGAUUUUUGUCCUGAGCACAUCCAAGAACUUGUAUGUUGGGCAGAAGAAGAAAGGAACGUUCCAACACUCCAGUUUCUUGGCUGGAGGCGCCACUUCUGCAGCCGGGAGACUAGUUGUGCAAAAUGGUGUAUUGAAGGCAGUCUGGCCACAUAGUGGACAUUAUCGUCCAACGGAAGAAAACUUUCAGGAAUUUAUGACCUACCUCAAGGAACAUAAUGUGGAUCUCACUGAUGUUAAGAGAAGUCCAACUGACGAGGAAGAAGACUCAUUAAGAAAGCAGAGGAGCAGCAUUGGUCUUAGAGAGAACUCCUCCGAACAAGACUUGACUCAGGAAGUGACGGAUUUUGAGGCAGAAGACAUCAAUUCCGAUGACUUGAUUCAAGAACCAACUGAUUCUGCUAAAUUAGUUAGCGAUUCUGAACCAGAACCAGAGGAGUCGAUGAAGACUCAUAACCUGAAAAGCAAAUUGAGUAACCUUAAAAUACCAAAAAGAAAUGAUCUGUUUGAGACGUCAGUGAACCAAUGUCUAUUGGAUGGACCAAGUUGCAACAGUCUCUCAGGGGAAACUUCAUCUAAUGGCUGUGAAACCGCAGAAGAUUUGAUUAUGCCAGAGCAAGAUUAUAUGGUUCCCAAGAGGAAUUUGUUUGAGGAAGAUCAAGAAAAAAAUGAAGAUGAAAUUAUUCCAAAAGAAUCAAUCCUCCAGAGGAUAAAUUCAAAGAAGGGAACAAAGUCAUAUCAACUGGGGAAGCAGUUGUCUUGCAAAUGGACAACGGGGGCUGGACCCCGUAUUGGCUGCUUGAGGGAUUACCCAUCUGAGCUCCAAUUCCGAGCUCUGGAGCAAGCAAACUUGUCUCCAAGAAGUGAUGGGUGUUCUAGAGCUUACUCCUCUCCUAGAAGCUUAAAAGGACUGAGCCCAAGGGUAUCAACACCAACUUCUUUGUGGAGAGAAACAACACCAACCAUAAGAACUAAUCUUAGAUGAGGAGGGACAACUCCCUAAUGAUCUAUUCUUUUGUUUGUAGACAAGAUUAUACAAGAAUUCUUUUUGUACCAUUAAUUUUUUUUUUUAAUUCUUUUGUAGAUCCUGUUGUGAAUUUCAAAAUUGUAGAGUCUUUUGGGCUUUA